GGUUUGAACUAACCACGUGAUGAAUCAUACUUCCUCUAACAGUCGGGCCACAACUCGGUGCCUUUUCUUUUUUGAUCAGUGACACCCAGAGAUGGCGGAUACAAGAAUCACGAACCUCCAGAGUUCUGGGAAGCAGCCGCCGUUGGUCCUGCCUCAGCAGCGCAGCGCCGCACCGCAGGGAGCCGUGCACAUGCGAAUUAAGAGUUCCCAGAGCAGCGGAGAGCGUCUCAGUCAGUCCAAGUCCAUGGUGCUGCAGGAGUCUGACCUCCCUCCGAAGCCUAUAUCUCGGCACCGCAGGAAUCAGUCUCAGCAUAGCGUCCUCGCCGCAGGUGGAGCUGCCUUUUCUCAACCGCUGGUGGAACUGAAAGGAGAACACCUAAAUGUGGCUAAAAUCUCUGAGAGUGGGAAGAAGCAAAGGAAGAACUGGACUUUGAUGUGGAGCGUACUGACCUCAGACCAGCUGCUGAUUUAUAAAGACAGACAACAAGAAACUAGUCUGAAACCAGGAAGUAAGCCAGAUGUAGUUCAGCUGUGUGGAGCGGUUAUCGAGUGGAUGACGGAGAAGUCGAGCAGGAAAAACGUCUUCCAGAUCACAACCAAUACAGGAAGUGAGUACCUCCUUCAGGCUGACAGUUACUCCAUCGCCAGUAAAUGGUACGACGCCAUCAGAAAGACCGUUGACUCUUCAACUAAACUUCCUCUGCGGAGGUCCAACAGCACGGAGUACCUGCCCAGACACAGCUCCCUCCCUGGAUACGGAUCCUCCUCACCCAACACCAAGCAACGCAACCCGGUCCACAGACGCUCCAUCAAUAUGUUCAGCAGCUCCAAGCUGAAACACAGCGCCUCCGACAGCGCCGAUAAGAACGGCGUGAAGAACAGACUGAAGAAGUUCAUCUCCAGACGUCCGUCCAUGAAGACUCUGCAGGAGAAAGGCCUCAUUAAAGAUCGAGUUUUCGGUUGCCAUCUGUUGACUCUCUGCGAGCGUGAAGGAAGCACGGUGCCGACGUUUGUUCAGAUGUGUUUGGACGCCGUUGACAAGCGAGGUCUGGACGUUGACGGGAUCUACAGAGUCAGUGGAAAUCUGGCCACAAUCCAGAAACUUCGCUUCAUAGUCGAUCAGGAGGAGGACUUGGACCUGGACCACAGUCAGUGGGAAGACAUCCACGUCGUCACCGGAGCCCUCAAUGUUUUUCCGCAACUGCCAGAGCCGCUGUUUCCCUUCCGGUUCUUCCAGCCAUUUGUGGAGGCCGUCAAGAUUAAAGAAACUAAACACAAAGUUCAGGGUGAAAAACUGAUCCAGGACCUGCCCAAACCAAACCAUGACACCAUGAAGCUACUCUUUAGCCACCUGCACAGAGUCCUGGGUUUCUCCAGGAAAAACCUGAUGUCCACUCAGGGAAUCGGCAUCGUGUUCGGCCCAACGCUGAUGUGGCCUGAGCUGGCGGAAAACAUGGCGGUCAACAUGGUCUACCAGAACCAGAUUGUGGAGUUCAUCCUCAUUGAGAGCAGAGAAAUCUUCAACCUGGACAGGAAGUGAAGCGUCCUGAGGUGGAGCUGAUCACCUGACAGACUCACAUUUCCAAGUCAAAGCUAUGAGUAACUGAAUAAACAGAAACGGAAGCAGCGCCUGGUUUUGGCUGGACUGUAAAAAAACAAACAACCAGUUUCUGAUC